AUGGACUUCUUUUGGCAGGCUCCUCCGGUCACUAGGACUCUUACAGCCUUGACUCUGGUUCAAUCCGCGUUGGUACAUGGUGGUUUAAUGAGCGGCUUCCAUGUCAUCUACCUUCCGAGUCUGAUCUUCAAAUGGCGCCCAGAAAUCUGGCGGCUGGCCACCCCAUUCUUACUAACCGGACCUGGCUUGUCCUUUGUCUUUGAUCUUUACUUCAUGUACCACUAUGGCAGUUCUCUGGAGACGGGCUCGGCUCGUUUCGACCGACCUGGAGAGUUCUUCAUUUACCUGUUGUUUGUAGCCUUCACCCUCAUGCUCACAGCAGGUGCUUAUUUCGGGGCGAUGGUUCUUACAAGCCCCUUGAUCAUGGCUUUCGUCUACACCUAUUCACAGGAUAACCGAGGCAAGCGCGUGAGAUUCUACUUUAUCGACAUUCCCGUGGUGUUUCUGCCAUACGCAUUGCUCCUUGUCUCAAUGGUGAUGCUCGGGUGGAAAUCUGCUUUAAUAGAGAGCAUGGGCAUCAUCUCUGCUCAUCUUUACGACUUCAUCACCCGCAUCUACCCUACCUUCGGUGGCGGACGAAACUUUAUCGUGGUCCCAGCCUUCGUGGAGAGAUACUUUACUCGACACACCGUGAACGUUGGAUACCGAGGAUAUGGAACAGCCAGUCGCCCAGCGCGAGCAGCCGAUCAACCUGAGAGUGGACCACUCCCAUCAUCCUGGGGCUGGGCCUCUGGUGUGCAGGGUUCCUGGAAUGGCAGAGGUGCUGGUCGCAGACUCGGCUAG